GUUUUUAAAAGUGCAUGGUUGUGGUAAUUGGUACCUAAUAGACUUUUUAAAUAACUCAUUUUAGUAUAGAAAAAUGAAGAUUUUCGGUGUUAUAAGUCUUCUAUACUGCAUAGUUCCAUCGUGUACGGAAGAAUUUCGGUUUGCAGAUAAUAGAGAUGUAGUUCCAACGAAAAUUAUUACAAGAAAACGCGAUGAUCCCAUGAUUUUGGAUUGCACAUUAGAAGGAUAUCCGUCGGUGUACAGUAUUGAAUGGUUUCUUAACGAAAUUGUAUUUUGUGCUUCCUCGCCAUCGAAUACGACAUGUCCAUUAAUUUUUACGGAAAAAAACUGCCCACCACUACUGGAUCCAUUAUCAGAACGACAUCUGAUAGAAUGCCGAUUAUUCAUUGAAGGAAAAAUUAUUCUCAGGAAAAGAUUCCUGAUAUUCGUAAAAGAGUCAUUAAAUCCAUCAACGGCAUCUGAUGUACCUGAUUAUUGGGUUAUAGCGAUAUCAAGCGUUUUUAUUGCGUUUUUCUUGAUCGCGAUGUUGAUCGGAUAUUGCGUCAUGCGUGAAAUUGAAAGAAUAGAGGUCCGCGUUGGUAGUGGUACCUCAAAUCAAAGUGAAAAUAGGACGAGCAUGCCCUUGGUCCGUUUAGAUAAUUCGAAAAUUUCGAAUAAGGCAAAACCGUCUGAAGAUCCUGCAGUAGCCAGCCAUUCAAAAAAGUCAAAACCAACUGAAGAUCCUGCAGUAGCCAUCCCUUCGAAAAAGUCAAAACCAACUGAAGAUCCUGAAGAUCCUGCAGUAGGCCUAACCAUCAACGAAAAAAUAGGGGAGGGGCGGUUCGUAGAAGUAUUUAAAGGAUAUGUGAAUUCAUCAAACGAAGAAGGAGUUCAGUAUUUAAAACCUGUCACUGUGCAGAAACUAAAAAUGUCUGUAAAUGUCGGCUACAUAAGAGAGUUCAUAAAGCGAUCAGAAACAUACUUUACUUUCGAACAUCCAAAUAUUUUAGCUUGUUGUGGAAAAUGCCCUCUUGGUCCUUACGAACCAACUGGAAUUGUGACAGAAUUUAUGGAUCUUGGGGAUUUAAAGAGUUAUCUGAGGAGCAAUAGAAAUGAAUUAUCAUCUAUCUCAAAGGAACCUGUUUUACUAUCAUUUGCCAUUCAAAUUUCCGCUGGAAUGGACUAUUUGACCAGGAAGAAUUUCAUUCAUGGUGAUUUGGGUACACGGAACUGCCUAUUGCAGUAUUUGGGAACCGAAUUGGUGGUAAAAAUCGCAGAAUCCGACAUGAGUGGAGAAGAGAACUCUGGUGAAUAUUGUCAAAUUGGUAAAAGUGUCGAAAAAUUCGCAGUGAGAUGGAUGUCGCCGGAAAGUGUUUUAAAUAAAAAGUUCAGUAUAGAUCCGACGUCUGGGCAUUCGGUGUAUUGCUCAGACAACUGUAUACUUUCGGCGAGCAGCCGUAUUCUGAGCAUACUAACGAACAGGUACUGCAACUGAUCCAAGCACUACAGCUUCUACGCAUCCCUGCCAAUUGCCCGACAAAAGUGGCAGAUAUAAUAAGCCGCUGCUGGAAAAUUAGGCCAAAUCAAAGGAUGAAAUUUGUUGAUAUCCACAAAGAGUUAUCGGAUUUACAAGAAAGCGUUUACGUAACAAUAGUACCGUCAUGAAGAGAACUUGUAUACUUGGGUAUUUAUAGCUUUGUAAUAUGUUAGAGCCUUAAAUCGACGAACAAAAUUUAAUUCGACCGUCUCCAUUAAUGAUAUAAUCGUGCAGGUGGCAUGCUAAAACUCAUGCUUUUUUGCAUAGCACACGCAUGCGUGGAUUUGAACUUUUUCAAAAUAUCCAAUUACUUAUUUGUAAGUGAAACAAUAAGAGUUCCUAAAACUGAUUCCAAAUGCCAUAAUUUGAAGGAAAUGUGCAUUCUGAAAAUGCUUUAAAAUGAUGUUGUUACUUACCUUCUUUGGAGGCAAUGUGAGCGUUGAAAAUCAAUUUAAAAUUUCGUAAUUUGAAGACAAAGCAAAUCCUGUAAUUUAAUUUUAAAACUUCAUGAUUUGAAGGGAAUGGAAUUUCUAAAAAUUGAUUCAAAAUUUUGUAGGAAAAUGAUUUACCUAUCCAAAUGUUUGUCAUUUAGAGACCAUCUAUAAUUAUGGAUUCUGAAAACUGACUAAAAAUUUCAUAAUUUGGUGAUGGUGUGAAUUCUGGAAAAUUAUUUAAAAUUUUUUUCAUUUUAUUACCCAUAGUUUAGAAUAUAGUCGAUCAUUGCAAUCUUCGAAUUUGAAAACACCUAUUUUUAAGGACUUUGGUAACAUUGUUUUACAGCAUUAGCCCGCCACUUUCGAAUAAGGAGGUAUAUUUAACUUUUAGCCAUUAAUUCUUAUCUAUGGUAAAUUGUAUGAAAAUGCAAAUUCCAAUUUCAUUUCAAUCUAACUUGAAACAACAAAAUAUGGCUUAAAUUCCCAAGAAAAAAUGUUUUCCUACAUCAUUAUUUCUCAUGAAUUUGAAAGAUAACAUUAAGUAAUUGUAUUUGAAUAAUUAUAUUGGAUUGAUAUCAAGUACUUACAUAUCCAGGGUCACGCUCGUGACCCCACCCCGCCCCCCCUCCCAAAAAUAAAAUGAAAACGACGAUUAUAAACGAAAACGAACGGAGGAAAACAACGAAAAAAAAAAACGGAACGAGCUGACACUGAUAUUCUGAAAGGAACUCGUCUUUGUUACGGCGUGUGCCGCAAACUCAUUUUACUGAGAAAGCGUUUGUCAAAUUGAAAAAUUGAAAGUACCAUUCUUUCUAAUUUUUUAAGCGCUUUCUUUUGAGACCAUAACGAAGUUUGUACGAUAAAAAUUCGCGGACUUGGAGUUGAGCAGUUUUUUGUCAUUUUUGUAAAAUUCUUCUUAAUGGUCAAGAGGGCUACUGAAAAAACGGCUGAACCAAUUUUGAUGAAAUUUUGGAAUUGAGUUCUACUCGUUGAAUGCUCUGACCUUUUGGAAUCAAAUUUUGAAAAUUUGGAAAUUUGACCCUUCACCCCCCCAUUUGGGGCCCCAAAAUUUUGAAAAAAUUAAAACUGAUAUCAAAAACGGAAUCUAUGGGUUGAAAUACAUAAACUGUGAAAAUUUCAAUUCAAUCCGAUGAUUUUGAAGGGUUUUAGAGCUUUUCAAAGUUUUGCUGUUUUAUCAAUUUCAGUCAUUUUCAAAAAGCAAAUAUAAAAUAAUGGAAUCGAGUUGAACUUUGGCAUUAGUAAAAGCGACUAUUCUCAAGUUUAAGGAAUGUAUAUUCAAAAUUUCAACUCAUUUAGUUUCCGAUUAAGUUCUGUAGCUUUGACUAAAAUUGUACAAAAAGAAAGAACCGUUAAAUUCGAAAGCAUGCGUAUUCCCAUGCACGUUUUGCUGUUCAGCGCAGCAGUAAUGUGUUGAAGUGGCCCUAAUUUCAGAGCAGCCGUGUGGCUGCAUGCGUUAUGCGUCGGAUCGCCAUGCCGGAGGUCCCCAGUUCGAAUCCCGCCCAACCCUGAUAUUUUUUUCAAUUUUUUUUUAAUGCUUAAUAUUUUCUUUUGAGUAAUUUUUCAAUAGACAAAUUUACGUUUUGGCCAAAUAGACGUUUCCAUAUUUUCACCUUGCUGUUAUUGAUGAAUAAUUACUUAAUGCAUUUUUUUUUUCAUUUUUUAUGGAACUGAAGGAGAUUGGGGAAAUUUUUAUCUAGUCAUAAAUUCAAGAGGAUGAAAUUUCCUUUCAAUGGGUACAAUCAUUUCUCAAUUUCAUACCUACAGUAACUGCGAUUUUUUUGUAUGCCAAAUUUAAAUUGAAAUUACACAAAAUUUUUAGCAAACAUUGGUAAUAUAAUAAGUACCUAGUUUAAUAAACGAAAAUGUUCGAAAUUUUAUCCUUUUAUUUAUUUAUUUUUUUUUUACCGAAAGCA